CUAACUACUCAUUUCUGAAACUGAAAAUAUCUUCGUAACGAUUUUUGUGAGCUGAAUUGAUUGAUAUUAUUAUUAUUAUCUUCUUCUUCAGAAAUCUAAAGAAGUGAAGAAUCAAUAUCAAUUUAUCUGAUUUGUGUGAGUAAUAUUAGUUGAAGAAGUAUGAGUUCGUUGACUCCAGCACCUUCUUCUCUUUCCAGAACCUCCUUCCUCGCAAUUCCCUCUGCUUUCUCCAAAUUCCAAUUAUGCCCUCUCCCUUCAUUCCCUUCUUCUUCUUCUCGCGUUCUGUGUCGCGGUGGAUCGAGCCUGCAACACGUUGCCACCGACUUCAAGCUCGUUUUGCACGAUGCUCUUGAUGCUUCUGGAAUCGACACCACUCAUGCCAGGGAAGCCAGGGAGGAGUUCUGCUCACAAAUUCGGAGAUUCACCGAGAUUGAGAAGGAAACUAGCAUUUGCAUUAACAGGAGUGUUGAUUUGGGAAGAACGGCUCUCUAUAUCGCCGCGGAGGAUGAUUCUCUCGUAUCACAUUCAUCAGUUCCCCUUCCUGUGGAUGCUUUCAUUUCAAGAUUAGAUGAUCUUUCAAUGGACUAUUGUCCUCACUACAAACCUGAAUAUGAUUCAUCUCCUGAGAAGUUCUUAGAGAGCAUAGAGAGAUUUCUAUAUGUUCACAAGGGUUUCAGCAGAGCCAAUGAAAAUCUGUUGGAGUUACGGCCACUAUAUCUCCACUCAGUUUUGACUCACCGUUCAGGAUCAGCUCUGAUGCUGUCACUCAUAUACUCAGAAAUUAUGAAAAUGCAUCUUAAAUAAUCUCAAGCAUGCAUUCUGGCCUUUCCAGCAUGAUAGUAACAAGAGUUUAUUCUUAAGGGCAGCACGUGCUGCUAACUGUGUCGACAGAUCGGAUUUUGUUGGAGAAAGUGGAUCUCAAAUUGCAUCAGCUAAGGCUGCUCAACAUAGGCUGGAUCGAGGUGUUUGGACCAGCGUGCGAUUUGGGGACAUGAGGCGUUCAUUGUCUGCAUGCGAACGCCUUAUCCUCGUGAAUAAUAAUGAUGCGAACGAGUUCAGAGAUUACAGCAUUCUUCUCUAUCACUGUGGUUUAUAUGAGCAAUCACUGCAAUACCUGAACAAGUACCAGGAAUUGAAGAACUUGCAAGCUGAAGUGAAUUCAUCGGACCCUCUUAGCAGUCUCGAAGACGAUGCGGCGGAUAAACUGAUGAUGCGCUUGAACCUCAUCAUGAUGGAACAAGGUUGGAGUCAGCCACAUUACGCCAGAAACUUCCUUGGUAAUAGCUCUGAACCAUGGUAGCUAGUUCCUCAUCCAACUCAGACAGCAUCAUAGAAGAAAUGGCAACAAAUUUUGCUGUUAAUCUUCUGCAAACACCAACAUAAAAGCGCCGUCGGCCCGUCGCAACUCUUGAAAUUAACAAAAUUUUCCAAGAAAUCAGGAGACACUAUCAUAAUGUAAUAUGAGAGUAACAACCUUGUAAUUAAAAUGAUCAUAUACUUUUGACUCACCUAUUUCGCUUGUAAAAGUAAAACUUAAUGUAUAUAGACAAAUAAUAUAAACAGGGUAUGAUUUAAUGCAUAUUAUAUAUUGAAGGUGAAUC